AUGGAGGCCAGGCCUGAUGACAGGAAAUAUGUUCUAAUAUUGUUUCUUCUGUAACAGGUGGUGAUGGAAGUAAACAGUGAAUUUAUUGUUGAGGUGAAAGAAUUAGACAUUGAAAAUGGCACUACGAAGUGGCAAACAGUCAGGAGGCAGAAGCGGGAGUGGAUCAAGUUUGCUGCGGCCUGUCGGGAAGGAGAAGACAAUUCCAAGAGGAAUCCAAUUGCCCGAAUUCGCUCAGACUGUGAAGUGAGUCAGAAGAUUACAUACAGAAUCUCUGGAGCAGGAAUUGAUCGACCACCUUAUGGAGUGUUCACCAUUAAUCCUCGGACGGGGGAAAUUAAUAUCACUUCAGUGGUAGACAGAGAGAUAACUCCACUUUUCCUGAUCUAUUGUCGGGCUCUGAAUGCACGGGGUGAAGAUUUAGAGAGCCCUCUUGAGCUCAGAGUCAAAGUUAUGGAUGUGAACGACAACCCCCCAGUGUUUACACAAAACGUGUACACAGCCAACAUUGAAGAGAACAGCGAGGCCAAUGCGCUGGUAGUAAAACUGAGUGCUACAGAUGCAGAUGAAGACAAUCACCUGAAUUCUAAAAUUGCCUACAAGAUCAUUGCUCAGGAGCCUACAGGUGCACCAAUGUUCAUGGUGAACAGGUACACUGGAGAAGUUCGCACGCUGUCCAGUUUCCUUGACAGAGAGCAACACAGCAUGUACAACCUUCUCGUGAGAGGUUCUGAUCGGGAUGGGGCCACAGAUGGGCUAUCUGCCGAAUGUGACUGCAGAAUCAAAGUUCUCGAUGUCAAUGAUAAUUUUCCCAUCUUAGAGAAAACUUCAUACUCAGCAAGCAUCGAAGAGAAUUGUCUGAGCUCAGAAUUGAUAAGAUUACAGGCAAUUGAUCUUGAUGAAGAAGGCACUGAUAAUUGGAUGGCAAAAUACUUAAUUCUCUCUGGUAAUGAUGGGAAUUGGUUUGAUAUUCAAACAGAUCCACAAACCAACGAAGGCAUUCUGAAAGUCGUCAAGAUGCUGGAUUAUGAAGAGGUGCCUAAUAUUCAUCUCAGUAUUGGAGUUAAAAACCAAGCCGAGUUUCACCACUCAGUUGCUUCUCAAUUCCGAAUGCACUCAACCCCUGUGAGAAUUCAGAUUGUUAAUGUCAGAGAAGGACCCACAUUUCGUCCAAAUUCCAUGACUUUCAGUGUACGAGAAGGAGUGAGAGGAGACGCCUCAUUGAAUUAUGUGCUUGGCACGUACACAGCCAUAGAUCUGGACACAGGCAACCCUGCAACAAAUGUCAGGUAUAUUAUAGGGCAUGAUGCAGGCAGCUGGUUAAAAGUUGAUUCAAGAACUGGGGAGAUACAGUUUUCUAGGGAAUUUGAUAAGAAGUCAAAAUAUAUCACCAAUGGAAUGUACGCAGCAGAAAUCCUCGCUAUAGAUGAUGGCUCUGGCAAAACAGCUACAGGAACUAUAUGUAUUGAGGUUCCUGAUGCCAGCGAUUACUGUCCAGUCAUCUAUUCUGGAAGAACCAUCUGCGUUGAUUCUCCAUCAAUUUUUAUCUAUGUUAGUGACCAUUCUUUCGGGGCCCCUUUUACCUUCUGCGUUGUUGACCAGCCAUCAGAAGUAGCUAACAUGUGGGAUAUCCAGACAAUAAAUGGAACAUCUGCAAUCCUUAUGGCUCAGCAACCUUUAUCUCCAGGAACUUACCAAAUUCCAAUCCUAGUAAAGGACAGCUAUAACAGAGCAUGUGAAUUGCCCCAGAUUGUGCAGUUGAUUGCCUGUGUAUGUGACAACAAUGUGUGCUUGCACUCCAGUACCACGGGGAUCUAUACUGGGGAUGUGAGCGGGGCGACUGACAUCUAUGGAUCCACCACUGAUGAUGGAGUUGGAGAGUCAAAUGUCCGGCUUGGACCUUCAGGGAUCGGCAUGAUUGUGCUGGGCCUCUUACUGCUACUCUUGUCACCUUUGUUGCUGCUCAUGUGUUGCUGCAAACGAAGACAGCCAGAAGGGCUGGGGACAAGGUUCGCCCCUGUGCCCGAGGGUGGAGAAGGAGUAAUGCAGCCGUGGAGAAUAGAAGGGGCCCAUCCAGAAGACAGGGAUGCAUUAAAUGUAUGUCCACCCAUGACAGCUUCUAAUACCCAGGAUCGUAUUGAUUCCUCUGAAAUCUACACCAACACCUAUGCAGGAGGAGGCACGGUGGAAGGGGGUGUGUCGGGAGUGGAGCUCAACACAGCAGUGGGAGCAGCCGCAGGCCUGGUGGCAGGAGGCGCUGCCUCGGGAACCUUGAGGAAGAGGAGUUCCACCAUAGGCACACUGCGGGAAUACCAAGACACAGCUGGCUUGAACAUGGCCUUCCUGGACAGCUACUUCUCAGAGAAAGCAUAUGCAUAUGCAGAUGAAGAUGAAGGCCGACCAGCCAAUGACUGCUUGCUCAUUUAUGACCAUGAAGGAGUAGGGUCUCCUGUGGGCUCUAUUGGUUGCUGCAGUUGGAUCGUAGACGACUUAGAUGAAAGCUACAUGGAAACUUUAGAUCCAAAAUUUAGGACUCUUGCUGAGAUCUGCUUAGACACAGAAAUUGAGCCAUUUCCUUCACAGCAGGCCUGCAUACCUAUUAGUACUGAUCUUCCUUUGCUGGGACCUAAUUACUUUGUCAAUGAGUCUUCAGGAAUGACUCUCUCCGAGGCUGAAUUCCAAGCAGAAAUAGCAACGUGUGAACCUGUGAUUCAUGGGGAUAUCAUAGUGACUGAGACUUACACAACCACUGAACCAUGUGUACAACCUACUACAAUUGUAUUUGAUCCUCAGCUUCCCACCAAUGUUGUUGUAACUGAAACAGUAAUGGCACCCGUCUAUGAUGUUCAAGGUAAUAUUUGUGUGCCUGCUGAGAUAGCCAAUACCCACAAUGUAUACUAUGCUGAGAGAGUGAUGUCUAGCCCUGGUCUGCCUGACAUGAGCAAUACUAGCAUGACUGAUAGUUGUAUGGGUCCUGUGAUGAGUGGUGGUAUUUUAGUAGGACCAGAAAUUCAAGUGACACAAGUGUGUCCAGACAUUCACAUAAGCCAAACCAUUGGCUCUACAUCCCCAAUAACAUCUCGACACAGAGUAACGCGAUACAGUAACAUACAUUAUUCCCCACAGUAA